UUUCGACUGCCAUGUUUCGUUCGGCCGCGUUGAAACUCCAUGCGUCGGUGGGUGUAGCACGCUCCAUGAGCACGACGACGGGACAGACAAUUGGGUUUAUCGGUCUUGGCCAGAUGGGCGGCAACAUGGCGAUCAACCUCGCCAAGGCCGGCAACCAUGUGGUCGUGUUCGACGUGGUCCAAGCCAACAUCGACGCGGUCACCCCCCACGGCAAGGUCGAAGUCGUGUCGUCCCCUCGCGAGGUUGCCGCUCAAGCUACGACUGUCGUGACCAUGUUGCCUUCGACGCCGCAUGUGGAACAGGUGUACCUCGGCAAGGAUGGUUUGAUCCAUGCGUUGACCAAGUCGCAUUUCCUGAUCGAUUCCAGCACGAUCGACCCUGGUUUCACCAAGACCCUGGCCGCUCGCUUGGUGAAAGAAGUCGGCGCCACCUUGGUGGACGCGCCCGUGUCUGGCGGUGUGAACGGCGCCAAGAACGCCUCACUUACCUUCAUGGUCGGCGGGUCGGACGAUGCGUUUGCGAAGGCGAACCCCGUGUUGAAGCAAAUGGGCAAGAACAUCGUGCAUUGCGGCGGAGUGUCCACGGGCCAAGCCGCCAAGAUCUGCAACAACCUGGCGCUGGCGAUUGAAAUGGUGGCCGUCGCGGAAGCCAUGACGCUCGGCGACAAGCUUGGCAUCAACCCCAAAGUCCUCGCCGGGAUCUUGAACACGUCGAGCGCGCAAUGCUGGUCGUCGACGCUGUACAACCCGUACCCAGGCAUCUUGGAGAACGUGCCAUCGAGCAACGGGUACAAGGGCGGGUUUGCGUCGGUGCUGAUGCGUAAGGACUUGGGGCUGGCGUUGGAUGCCGCCAAGUCAACGGAAGCGUCCGUACCGCUCACGUCGGCCGUCCAUCAGCUGUACAACAUGGUCGUAAACCAAGGCGACGGCCAAAAGGACUUUAGCUACAUCCUCAAGUUUUUGGAAGGUCACAAGACAAAAUAGAACAACACGGAACUAGUAAUACUACUAGUACAUGCUGCUCUACUAUUACUAGUAGUACUUCAAGGGUAGUAGUUGGAGGUGGG